UUUAUAACUUUUUAUAAUAUUUUACCAGAAGACAAAUCAGAGGGCAGUAAUGAAUCAAGCUUCAGCGAACUAGUAAAAAAGCACAAAGAUGAUGUAGAACAACUGCUCGGGGAAAUAACUGCGUUUUUCAAACGGAGCACUUUGCCGGAAAACAAACGCCCGGUCGGCCUUGGAUUUGAGAAGAAAGAAGUUAGUAAAGAGGUGAAAGAGCAGCUGUUUGGUCUCGAUAAAACAAUUCGAGGAUGCGGAUACAGUCACACUACAUUUAAUGUAAAUGUUGAAAGACUUUCCGACGAAGACGAACAUAUGAAACGCCAGAAACGCAUAACGGAUUUCCUAAAAAUAAAUGGUAUUACGAAUAUUAAAUUUAACAUCGUCUCCAAGACAUUAGCAGAAUAUAAACAUGUAGGCACCAGAAUAAGCGUUCCUGAGGCCGCUAACCCUAACGAAUACCAUAAAGGAACGCUUGGAGGAUUUGCAUUCUUUAAUAAAGAGAAAGAAGCCUCUUCAUGUGCGCUUUUCUCUCGGCACGUCGCAUUAGGCUGCAGUUCAAAAUUGUAUGUCGAUGGUGAGAAUGGACAGCUGACCGAACUAGGAGAGAUUUUAGAAGAUACAUUACAACACGGAAGCUAUGACAUAGCUGCUGCCAAAAUACACGACCAUCAUGUUCCACAUUGUGACGUUCAGUUCAAGAACUCAGAAGGUGUUCAACGUCCAGGGAAACUUUAUACACAGGCAACCUCUAUCGAUCUACAGGCAAUAAUAUUUCCAUUGUUGUCAUAA